CUCAGCCAACAACCCAAUCCCAGACACCAGACCCCACGCUUCUUCUCUUAUCCCUUGCCUUCCCUAGCCCCCAAGAAUAAUAUCUUCACUUCUCAAUUUUCCUUGAAGCAACUUCCUACAUGGAACUCACUUGUUUGCAUAACAAAUUCAAUUUACAUCCAUUACCUCUCCCUUCACUUCUAUUCCACACGAACCCUAACCCCAGAAUCAGUUUUAGAAAAAGGAACAAUCUUUGUGUGGCUUCAGUUUCUGAUACCAUUGUGUCUGGUUCAAAUAAGGAAGUUAUCAGUAAGAAAGAUGAUGACUUUGGGGACUUGAAAUCUUGGAUGCACAAAAAUGGCUUGCCUCCUUGUAAAGUUGUACUCAAAGAGAGGCCUUCUCAUGAUGAGAAGCAUAGGCCUAUACAUUAUGUUGCUGCCAGUGAGGAUCUUCGGGCGGGUGAUGUGGCUUUUUCGGUGCCGAAUUCACUGGUUGUAACGCUUGAAAGAGUCCUGGGAAACGAGACUGUUGCGGAACUUUUGACAACAAACAAGUUGUCGGAAUUGGCGUGCUUAGCUUUGUACUUAAUGUAUGAGAAGAAGCAAGGAAAGAAAUCAUUUUGGUAUCCAUAUAUUAGAGAGCUUGAUCGUCAACGAGGAAGGGGCCAGCUGGCUGUCGAAUCUCCACUUCUUUGGUCGGAAGAUGAAUUGGCUUACCUGACGGGUAGCCCCACUAAGGCUGAAGUUCUUGAAAGAGCUGAAGGAAUAAAAAGAGAGUAUAAUGAGCUUGAUACAGUCUGGUUUAUGGCUGGGUCUCUCUUUCAGCAAUAUCCCUAUGAUAUACCUACCGAGGCCUUUCCAUUUGAGAUUUUCAAACAAGCCUUUGUUGCUGUUCAGUCUUGUGUGGUGCAUUUACAGAAAGUACCUUUGGCUCGGAGAUUUGCAUUAGUUCCUCUAGGACCCCCAUUGCUAGCUUACAGGAGCAAUUGCAAGGCAAUGUUAAGUGCUGUUUCUGGUGCCAUUGAACUUGUGGUUGAUCGCUCAUAUAAGGCAGGGGAACCUAUUGUUGUCUGGUGUGGACCACAGCCUAAUUCGAAACUGCUUAUAAACUAUGGUUUUGUUGAUGAUGAUAAUACUCAUGAUCGCCUGGUUGUUCAGGCAGCUUUGAAUACUGAGGACCCUCAAUAUCAGGACAAGAGACUGGUUGUUCAAAGAAAUGACAAACUAUCAGUACAAGCUUUUAAUGUUUUUGCGGGGAAGGAAAAAGAAGCUGUCUCGGAUAUGCUUCCAUAUUUGCGAUUGGGCUAUGUUUCAGAUCCUUCUGAGAUGCAAUCUGUCCUUUCUUCUCAAGGUCCAGUCUGCCCAGUGAGCCCAUGUAUGGAACAAGCGGUACUUGAGCAGCUUGCUGAUUAUUUCAAUAGACGCCUGGCUGGCUACCCUACUACACUUAAUGAAGACGAGUCAUUGUUGUUAGAUCCAAACUUGAAUGCCAAGAAACGAGUUGCCACUCAGCUUGUUAGGUUGGAAAAGAAAAUUCUCCAUGCAUGUUUGCUGGCAACAAUCGAUCUAAUAGACCAGUUACCUGAUCAUACUGUGUCUCCAUGCCCUGCACCAUAUGCACCCCUGUUGAAUUGAAAGUGUGCAGUAAUGCUGUGCUCGGUUUUAACUAGGCAGAACGGUGGAAGUUCUUUGCCGUACUUUGAUGGUAUCCAUAUCAAUGGGUGAAGUGUUUUUCAGGUCAGUCAAAGGAAACUGCAAUUACCUUAUGGAAAAUCAGCAUUUCAUGAUUCUACCAGCCCUCAUAAAUCCUUAGCAACUACAAGGUGACUAUAAGUAACCAAAAUAUAAUGUUCAGAAACCUGGGGAUAUUUUGAGAAGUUUUAAACUUUCUUGGAAUG